AUGAGUGAGAAGCAUGAAUCAGACGUUCAGGAUACAAAUUCUCGCCUACUAAUCGAAGAUUCCAAAAAUUCUGGAAAUUCAAAAAUACUCGGUCCUAUCGUCGGCUAUGCCCAAGAGCCACUUCUCCCGCUUGCUGACGCAUGCGCACCGUUGGCCUCCAUUGUUCACGAUAUAUCCACUUAUGUUUCGGUUGCUCUGGAACGUACUCCAGAUGCUCCAGCCGAUGGCCUGACUCACGAUGAAGCAGCUUCGAUUCAUCUCUACACGAUGGAGUGGGGUGACGGAAAUAGAAGUCUUUCUUCCAUUCUUAAUCAAACUCUCAAGACAGAUAAUCGCGAAGACUUACGUCCGUGGUUCAAAUACAUGAAACUUUUUCUCACUGCCCUGAUCAAAAUACCAUGCAUGCCUUCGCAGACCGCCUGGCGUGGGGAGCGAAAAUAUAAAAGUCACGAAUAUUCGCCUGGAGCUCAAGUGACAUGGUGGGCUUUCUCGUCGUGCGCAACAUCGAUCGAUGCGUUAGAGAGUGGUUUGGGCAAUACAGGCGAGAGAACCCUCUUCUCCAUCGAACUCAUCAAUGCCCGGAAUAUACGCGCUCAUUCACAUUUUCAACAAGAGGACGAACUUCUAAUGCUGCCGGGAACGUACAUGGAAGUGCAUACAGUAUUUAAUCCGGCGGCCGAUCUCUACAUCGUUCAUUUGAGACAGAUGAUACCGAAUGAAAUGCUACUUGAACCUCCAUUCGAAGGUGCAUACCUUUAUCCAAAACCGAGAUCUCCCUGGUAUAAAUUCGAUAGUAGCAUUGCGCAAAUUAAAUCAUCAGUUGAACGAAUAUUCCGACAUAAAUUUUGA